AUGAUGUCAUGCAUCCGCUGCCGCACACCGGCGACGCGGCGGGCAAUGAUAUCAGCCAGUUGUCAAACGCGACGGCGGCGGUACGCCUGAGUCAUCGCACACAAUCGCGCUGCAAUUUACAUUCACGCCGCAACCAACGGUCGAGUUUCGAAGCGAAGCGGCCUCAUACGACGACGGUUUGGUUAGGUUAGGUCGCUAACUACGACCAAUUUUAUCAGCGGGUCGCGUUAUAUUGCGCAAUUCUCGCCAACACAAAUCUUAAUUAUUCUAAAGGAACGUUCUCGAAUGUAAUUUUAAAUUCAUUACCCCAGAAAAAUUGGCUUAAUUAACAAGUGACCGCCGCCAUAGUGAGACUUCAUUCUUUGGAUUUUUGUUUGUGUUUCACCACUUAAAAAAGGUAAGUGUCAAGUAGAGAUCUGGAACAGUUGGAGAGUGAGACGCCUAUUCCUCGCCGCAAAUAAAAAUGUUCACCUGCGAAUAUUGCAACCGCUCGUUCAGCCGUAAAGACCACCUGGCGAGACACGGGGACUGUCGCGCAGCAGUACAAAUUUGUGACGUUUGCGGCGGGAUAUACAAAUCCGAGGGGGCUCUCCGACGCCAUAAACGCGAGAAGCAUGAGGUUCCCAAGGCGAAAAGACCCGCCGCCGCCUCUAUUGCUGCAGACGAACCCAAGCGCCCGAGACUUGACCUACCGGAAGCUUCGAUAUCAUCAUCAUUACCAUCAUUCACGCGCCAUUGUACGCAGUGUAACUUGACCAUUCCUGCAAUGAGAUGGCAAGGACACUUGCGUACUUUGGCUCACCGCCAAAAAUGCAGCGUGGUGCAGGAGCCAGGAGUAGAAAUGAUACAGACCUCCUUCCGUAACCGCAUAGUUACAUACCGUCUGGCGUCCACCGUUAACCCUACCGACGUUAAGGGCUUCUUGGACCACCUUAGGUCCAAAAUCCUUACGUUGGUAGAGUCGCACGUCCGACGCUACGGCAACGUAAAAGUCGGUAUGGAGCUAUUCGGAAACUUCCUCUUGCAGACGAAGGAACAAGAGGAGGUCAAGUCCUUCAAUACCAAAUAUCGGCUGGUGAGCGGAAACACCGAUCUGGAGGAGCUAUACGUCCAGUUCGUCGACAUCUUGGCUACCAAAGCGUCCGAGUUUCAGGAAAGGGACAGCGGCUGGGCGUUGGAGGAACUUCUCCAUUUAGAAAUAGGGAUUAACAAGUACAAUCCCCUAAGGGCGUCGUCCUAUGUUAGCCUGCCCAAGGAAAUCGAAGCCAAAAAAGCUGUUUUGAACUUGCAAAAUACGGUCGAUCUUGGCUGCUCUUCACCCAAUUCACUGGACAAAUAACGCUAACAGGAUAUGGGAGGGAUGUAAAAUUUCAAAGCGACGGUCGGGUACAUCUUUACCUUUCGUACUUGCCGAAAAAUGAAACUGUGGAUCGAAAAGUUAAG